AUGUCUACUCAAGGCCAAGGCCAAGAGUCUUUGACCCUGGCAUACGGGGUUUCUCCUGAAGCUGUGCAAGUUUCUGUUUCUGGCUCAAGACGAUCCACCCCUACACCUGUUUUAGGAAGUCGCAUUUCUUCCUACCAUAGUCGUGAGCACUCGUCCGCUUCUACAGUUGCCGAAGACAAACCUCAACGACGCUUCAAGAGUUCACGUCUUGUUGGAGAAUAUGAGAAGCCAUGGCUCAAGGAAUGGAAGCGCGAGGUCAAUUGGGAUAGCAUCAUCCUCUACACAGGCCUCUCGGCUUUUAUCGCAUGGAACACCGUCCGCAAGAUUCCCCACAACGAAUACUGUCUUAUCAUGGAUGACCAGUUCAACCAGCUCGACACAGACAUUUGGAGCCAUGAGAUCCAAAUGAAUGGAUUUGGAACCGGAUCCUUCGACUGGACGACCGACGACAAGGCUAAUUCCUACGUUGAUGAGCAAGGUCUUCACAUCGUUCCGACAUUGACCCUUGACCACACAAAGAUCACCCUGGAUCAGAUGCUGGACAAACAUGUCGUCAAUCUCACUCGCGAUGGGACGUGCACCUCGAUGGAUCAGCGUCUGUCCAACCUGACAUACAACAAUCCCUGCUGGGCGCGUAGCAAUGCCACCAGCCGCGCCAUCAUCAACCCUGUUCGCUCCGCACGACUCACAACUUCACGCAAGAAGACGAUCAAGUAUGGUCGCGUUGAAGUUGAAGCAAAGCUACCCUCUGGUGAUUGGAUGUGGCCAGCCAUUUGGAUGAUGCCACAAGACAGCGUUUAUGGCGAGUGGCCUCGAAGUGGCGAGAUCGACAUCAUGGAGUCUCGCGGCAAUGAUGCUGAGAAGUACCCACUUGGCAAUAAUAUCGUCAGCUCGGCGAUGCAUUGGGGUACGCUGUAUGACACGGAUGCUUUUAAGCUCAGCAAGGGUGAAUGGGGCUCCAAACGCACCAAGAUGUCUGACGACUUUCACACUUUUGGACUUGAGUGGAAUGAGAAGUAUCUCUUUACUUGGCUGGACGGAAGACUUCGCCAAAUCGUGUUCUUUGACUUUACCAAGAACAAGAACAUGUGGGAAUACGGUAAAUUCGCCGGUGUCACAGUCAACAAGACAGUUCACAAAGACACUUGGAGUCAAACCGGCCGUUCCAACACACCAUUCGACCAACCGUUUUACCUGAUCCUCAAUGUUGCAGUCGGAUCUACCAAUGGCUGGUUCCCGGACAAGCUAGGCGCGAAGCCAUGGUCCGACGAGAGUUCAGCGCCCAUGCGUGACUUUUGGGAUGCCAAGGAUACAUGGCUGCCGAGCUGGGGUGAGGAGAAGGAUCGGGGCAUGAUUGUUCGAUCAGUCAAGAUGUGGCAGGAGGGGGCUUGUAAAAAUUAA